AUGGAUGGGAGGAACGAUGCUGCAAUUGCUGUUGCAUUGGAGGCCAUGGCUCCGGCUUUCGAGCAUCAGUCGAACCAUUAUGAUGGACCAACUGGUGAAUUUUCGAAGUGCAUCAAGUUUGAGAAUGGAUUGCGUUUUGAGAUCAAGAAAGUGGUUGGUUACCAGAAGAUGCGUGUCUUUGCCGAUUUGGUUGAUAGUUGUCGAAUCUAUGAGGAAGACAACAAUGUUCAUUAUCGGGCUAUUAGAGAGAAGCGAGGCAAUAGUCAGCAAAGUCGUGGCAAGCCUUAUGAUGAUCAAGUUGGCAAGGGUAAGCAGAAAGCUACUGAGGGAAAGAGAACCAGUGGGGUAGAUGUCCCUGCUGGUAUUGUGUGCUUCAAGUGUUGCAAUGCUGGUCAUAAGAGUAAUGUGUGCACUGUUGAUACCAAGAGGGGCACAUUGGUAGCAAGUGUCAGAAACCAAAGAAGGAACAAGCUAGUGGAAAGAUUGGGUCUUGUGUUAUCUUCCAUGAAUGGAGAGAUGGUCGUCGAUUCUCUAUCUAAGGGGUCGGUGACUACUUCUCUUGUGUGUUUAAAGUGUCCCGUGUUGAUUUUCGACAUAGACUUUGUUGUUGAUUUUUCGGUGAGGUUCUCUACUCCUGAAGAAGAAGGUGUUGAAUUGUUGUCUGCUAGACAGCUGCGCUUGUUAAUGAAAGAAGAAGUGCAAGUGUUCGCGUUGGUGGCAUCGUUGUCUAUUGAGAAUCAAGCUAUAAUAGAUGAGUUGCAAGUGGUGCGAGAAUUUCCUGAAGUUUUCCCUGAUGAAAUUGUUGAUGUACCGCCAGAGAGAGAAGUUUAA